AUGGCGCAUUCGCCUUCAUCCGGCGUCAUGAUGCCGCCACGCUUCUCCAUGGAGCUCGAUCGCACAGAUCCCGAUGUGCCGUUCCGAGCCUCGCAGUCACAUGUCCACCACACAUGGGCCCGCACCUUCCACUCCCGCCCAGAGCUCUAUAUUCGACCCCAGAGCUUACAGGAGAUCCAGAAGGUGGUGAAUCUUGCGAGGCGCAUGCGAAGACGCCUAGUCACUGUGGGAUGUGGCCAUUCACCUUCAGAUCUGACGUGCACGUCGGCAUGGAUGAUCAACCUCGACGAUUACAAGCAGGUGCUUAAGGUGGACAGGGAAAACAAGACAAUGACGGUGCAGGCCGGAAUACGGAUGCAUAACCUCAACCUCCAGGCCAAGGAUCAUGGUUUGACGAUGCCAAACCUUGGCUCCAUCGACGUCCAGUCGCUGGCCGGCGCAAUCUCGACAGCCACGCAUGGCAGCUCGUACAACCACGGCCUGCUCUCUGAUCGCGUGCAAAGCCUGCGGAUAGUACUGGCCAAUGGGCAGGCAGUACGAUGCUCUCCUCAACAGUCGCCAGAUCUCUUUCGCGCCGCCCUGGUAUCUUUAGGCGCACUGGGGAUCAUUGUCGAGAUCGAGUUCCAGAUGGUGGAGGCUAACAAUGUCGAAUGGGUUCAGACAAUACGGCCGAUGGAGGAUGUCCUGGCAGAGUGGGAGAACGGGCUCUGGACAACAAGUGAAUUUACGCGAGUCUGGUGGCUCCCGUACAUGAAACGUGCAGUUGUUUGGCGGGCAGACAAGACCAAGAAGAAGGACCGCAAGGCGCAGUACAGCUGGUACGGCGGUAGCAUCGGCUUCCAUACCUACCAUAUUCUUCUCUGGAUCUCUCAAUAUGUACCGCGCUUCCUCCCUUGGGUCGAAUGGUUUGUCUUCGGCAUGCAAUACGGCUUCAAAGAUGGCGCUAUCGUCUCCGCUGUUGGUGAACAACGCACUGAACUCCUUAUGAACUGUCUCUACUCACAGUUCGUUAACGAAUGGAGCAUUCCUCUCGAGAAUGGCCCCGAAGCUCUGACCCGUCUGACAAACUGGCUCCAUGGUGACGAGCAAUCCUCUGGUAUCCCGUUCAGCACCAAGGGUCUCUAUGUCCACUCGCCCAUUGAAGUCCGCGUCGCAAACACCGUCGGUCGAGAACCUCGUCCUUUCCUUGACACUUCGUUCCCCGAUCGGCCCGCUUUGUAUUUAAACGCCACACUUUACCGUCCUUAUGGCCAGGACCCUCCUUGCCGCGAACGCUACUACCAAGCCUUUGAGCACCUUAUGAAGGAAUACAAGGGCCGACCCCACUGGGCUAAGAACUUUCAAUCUGUCGAUCACGCCUACCUCUCCACGGCCUACGGCAGCGAUCUGGACGAGUACAACCGCAUCCGCAGCGAAGUCGACCCGGAAGGCAUGUUCCUCGGCGCCUGGCACCGCCGCACCAUUCUACCCCCCAAGUCAGAAAUGCCUCUCCUCCCUCUCGAAGAAAAGGAAAUUCUGCGCCGUGAUCGUCGCUCCGGUGGUCAAGACUGGAUCGGCGAGCAGGCGCGCUGGUUCGAUGGCGGUGUCGACGUAUUCGAGAAGGCUGAUAGCGAGUCAGGAGAGAGUUUCGAUCUCAUGGCUGGAGCAGAGGCGGAGAACAGCGUAUUGUUAGAGGGUUUGAGCGAUGAGCUGGUAGUCACGGAGGAGAGCUACUAG